AUGGAACCCGACAUUGUGGUAUCCGGAUGUUGUGUACGAGAACACAUUGAGACUCCGGAAAACAUGAAUGCUCUGGACCAUGACCGUCGCAAAUGGGUUAUCAUUGGAAUGGAUGAUUGGUACUCUAAGGCUAUCGAUAGGUGCAACGAGGUAUUCUUGCGCUCUUGGGUACAAGUGACGGAGUACCCCAGAUUCCUGGCAAUUUGGGUUCCACUUAUCAAUCUCGUGGAUGACUUUCAGUUCUGUUUUCUGGAGCGCGACCUUCAACGCCUUCAGAAAUUCCGAGAGUCUUAUGUCGAGAACUCGGUGGUCCUCGAAAGACACCUCAAUGAACUUAUCUUCGGUUUCCGCCCACCGCUUGCAAAUGUUCGCCGGGAAAAAAGGAAAAAUGUCCUGAUGAACUGGUUGGACAGAAUUAAAGGGAUUUGCGCACAAAUUUUGCUCGUUGACACUUUCGCCACCGGCGCUCUAUCUAAUUGGGACGAGACCUCAUUGCACCGAACCGUGAUUCGAGUCAUUAAAAUUGUCAAAGCGACAGAAACAAGUGCAGAAUUGAUAUCGUGUGGAUGCUUCUACAUUGAAAAUGGCAUCGGAAUUCCGGAGAAUCCGUCAUGUACUCAAUUUUGCGAUUGUAAUUAG